GUCAAUUUCGGCCUGCUGUGCCUGUGAAAUGGCAUGUUGGGCGUUGUGGAUGGGAUUUUUUUUAAACGAGUGUCGGUUCUGAUAUUAAUCAGUGUGAGCUAUGGUGCAUUGCCCCAGGCAACAGAAAGUCGCGUUUCUUCUGCUGGUCUGCCCUCGCGGGGGUGGGUGAGCAGGCCGCAAUCGGUUCGUCCAGGUUUCACCGGGUGUUGUGGUCGUCCAGCCACGCCCAGCACUGCGAAGCUUGUAGCCGUUGCAGUGUUCCAAGGGCUAGUCCGGGAAGGCUUGGGUGGUCGUGGUCGUGGUCGUGGUUCGACGGGGACGGGAACACAACGAAGGACAACAGCAGUAUCAAGUCGGUCAGUCCGUCUGCACUGGGCCGUGGUAGAAUUAACUAUGUAUGUAUUAGUUGUGCUAAAGGAUAGCGGCAGCAGCACUGCCUUGGAUGAUGAGCACGAGGGCGGCAGUGCCCAGUUCUAAUAAUCUAUGGGCGGAGAUGAGGCCAUCGCCUGUGGACGAAACUUGGAUAGAGCCUGCAUCCAUCGACAUGAGAAGUGGAGUCGCGGCCGCGUUUCAUGGCCCCCAAGUCAGCCACAAGCAUUUCCCGUUGCGGGUUGCUGGUAUGGUCAGUGUGCUGCUGUUGCUUGCAGAGUUGCAGUCGGUGCGGGCCUCGCAGAUCGAGCGGCAGGCUACGUAGGGUACUGCUGUACCAGGAGGUAGGUAGAAUUACUUUGUCCGUCCCAAGUCCUGUGGCUCACCGACAGCCAGUCAUGUCACGCCAUCGGUG